AGAGCCUGUAGAACCUUUUUCCGCUGGCGCCCUCGCUCUUUGACUCCUAGAUAAAGUCCCCUGCCUCGGAGGCCGCGGCUGCGAACGGAGGGACCGGCUCCACGCCUCUGGGUCCCUCUACCUCACCCCUUGGCGUUGCCCUGAUGGUGCAGCAGGCUCCGGACUCCUGAAGCUUUGGAGCGAAUUUAAGAAGAUUUUGUUCAUGUGUGUGGAGUAGAAGAUGAAUUCCUCCUCCUCCACCAUGAAUGAAGAACCUGAUGCCCUAUCGGUAGUUAACCAGCUACGGGAUCUGGCGGCAGAUCCAUUAAAUAGAAGAGCCAUUGUCCAGGAUCAGGGAUGUCUGCCUGGCCUUAUUUUAUUUAUGGACCAUCCCAACCCCCCUGUUGUCCACUCGGCUUUGCUCGCUCUUCGAUACUUGGCAGAAUGCCGUGCUAACAGAGAAAAGAUGAAGGGAGAACUGGGUAUGAUGCUAAGCUUGCAAAAUGUUAUACAGAAGACUACAACUCCAGGAGAAACAAAGCUUCUGGCCUCUGAAAUCUAUGACAUUCUUCAAGCUUCCAAUAUGGCAGAUAGUGAUAGUUUCAAUGAAAUGAAUUCACGUCGAAGGAAAGCUCAGUUUUUUCUGGGAACUACAAACAAACGUGCCAAAACAGUGGUUUUACAUAUAGAUGGUCUUGAUGAUACGUCUCGGAGAAAUCUAUGUGAAGAGGCUUUGUUAAAAAUUAAAGGCGUUAUUAGCUUUACUUUUCAAAUGGCUGUUCAAAGAUGUGUGGUGCGAAUCCGUUCAGAUUUGAAAGCAGAGGCUUUGGCAUCCGCGAUAGCAUCGACCAAGGUGAUGAAGGCUCAGCAAGUUGUGAAAAGUGAAAGUGGAGAAGAGAUGCUGGUCCCAUUCCAGGAUAUGGCUGUGGAAGUAGAACAGAACACAGAGCUGCCUGACUACCUUCCUGAGGAUGAGAGCCCCACCAAAGAGCAGGACAAAGCAGUGUCAAGGGUCGGCUCCCACCCAGAGGGUGGGGCUAGCUGGCUGAGCACAGCCGCAAACUUUUUAUCCAGGUCGUUUUACUGGUGACUUCAAUUUGGGGUGCAAGGACUGUGUGAAUGAACAAGGGGCCAGUUUUCCAUUGUCAUGGUGAACUGUCAAGUGCAAUUUGCAAUAAGUUAUCAUGAAAAGUUUUUAGAUUACAUGAUUGCGUAUGCUGCGUUUUACAUUUUAUCGGACAUUUUGCCCCACUAAGUGUUAAAAAGGACAGAGGCUACAGGGGGAGUUGCUUUGUUUAUGAAGGUAUUUUGGUUUUGUUUUCCUUUGUUUAAUUGCCUCAUUUUUUAAAAAACAUGGGUCCACAGUUAAACCAAACAUAUGUGCAGCUUUACAUUUUAUUUUACACGAAGCACUUGAUAGGAAAACUCAUUUUCCCCUCCGGCCUCGGGACCUAUCUGAAGAGAAGUUUUCUUAGCUCAAGUUGUGCAUGAAUUACGGAAUGUUUUCCUCUGCUUUUCUUCAUGAAAGAUACUUGCUUUGGUACUCUACUGAGAGUUGGAAGUAUUUCUCAUUGUUCCCCUUUUGUGCCUUUUUUAAUUUUGCCAACCAUGUUUAUAGAAAGGUCAUUACUAAUGACAUUUUGUGAAUUAAAAUAUAUUCAUUUGAAUGUAGCAGUCCCCUAAAAAUACAAUUCUACAAAAACAUUGCAAUCUUAUUUGUUGUCAUUUUAAUACAAUUAAUACACAAUCAUUUGAGAGAGGGAAACAUGUAUGUCAGCAAAGUGCUGUGGAGACUGAAUGUGACCAAAUGUAGUUUGACUGCUGUUCUGUUUGGUUUAUAUCAGCUCUUGAGAGUUAUAGCCACCAUAAUAUUGGGAGCAACUGUUAGUGGUCUCUAGGCCUUAUUUUGUGAUUACACACUAUCUCCUGUGAGAAAAAAAAAUAGUAAAGAACUGACAAACUUGGAAAAGAAAACAAAAAUUGGAUGCCUGUAAUACCGUAUACCAUUUGGUAGAGUCUAACCUUAACACAUCAAUUGCUUGGCAGGUGGCUAUUCAGUAGGUGUUUCCUUGUAUUGCCUUUUGUGAAUUUAUUAUGAAUUUGCAGUCGAAUUGAAUGGAAAAAGUACUCAAAUUAAUGCUUAUAAAGAAAUAGAGCCAGCAUUGGUCUACUUAAUUUUGUGUUUCAUGUCCAGCCAGAAAAAAAAAAACUUCAGUGAAGGUAAGAUAAAUAAAUAUAAAUAUAUAUACAUAUAUAUUUUUUGUAGAUAAGAGCUAAUUACAUAUAUGUAAUGCUUUAUUGCAUUUCUGAAAUAUUUGGCAACUAAAAUUUUCCUUUUGGAAUUCCAACUAAAUCCAGAUAAGUUUUAAUGCCAAUACAAUUAAAAACUAAUAGGAAGAAAUUGAAAUUCUUUUUCAUCUACAUGUAGAGCUGCUAUUUUAUUACUUGGAGAAUGUGAAGUGAAAAUUGGACCCUGGAGGGUUUUCUUGCAUUUUCAUUACUUCUCUUUUAGAGAUAAUGAAAAGCAUCCAGUGUUACUGGAGAAAAAUUAUUGUAAAAUGCUUCACCAACAAGAAUCUUGAACAUUGUGACCUUCUGGAGGGAGGGGUAUUGAGGGUGUUGAGAAUGAUAGUUUUCAGGUGUCUGGGCUCUGAGUUGGGUGACUCGCACAAAUGAAAAUAUAAGCAUUCAGGGCGUGUAUUGCUUUAAAUGCAUAAUACAGCUUGCUGCCAGAACCAGAUGUGUUGAAAAAAGAAAACAAAACCACCUCCUUUCUAUAGCCAUUAAAACAAAGUUUACUGUUCUGUUUUAACAAGUUUGUGUUUUAUUUUGCAUUGCCACACAUCUGCUAUUUAAAAAACUACAUCCCUUUGGUAGCAAUGGUUCAAUACAAGUAGAUAUUACAGCUUGGUGUUCGUGUGUUCUAAUUCUAAGUGUUCUUUUGUUUCCAGGUCUUAUAGAGCAGUUAAGGCAACUGUAAUGGCAUUUUUUGAAAUAUAUUGUAAAAUAAUAAAAGGUAACAUAAUUAAAAUUGAA